AUGGGAUCUCUCAGCUCAGGCAAAAAGCUGGCGUUCAUAGGAUGUGGCUCCAUGGGCAGUGCAAUCCUCAGCGGCCUGCUCGAAGCCUCCGCUGACGGCCACGCACCCAUCUCAUCCUUCUCGGCCUGCGUGCGCUCAGACCAGUCCGUCAAGAAGCUCCAGUCCAUGUUCUCGUCAUACCAGGACAGACUGAGCAUCAGGAAAGGCGACUUGGUCGCCACGGCGCAGGACGCCGACGUCAUCAUCCUCGCCGUCAAGCCGUACAUGCUCCGGGAGGUCCUCGGCGCGGCCGGCAUGGGCGACGCCGUGCGCGGCAAGCUCGUCCUCAGCGUCCUCGCGGGCAUCCCGCCGUCCCAGAUCCUCGACGCGCUCUACAAGUCGACGUCGACCGACCCAGCCGAGCCCGAGCCCGAGCCCGAGCCCGAAGCCCCGCCCCCGUGCCACGUCGUGCAAGCGACGCUGAACCUCGCGGCCCGCAUCCGGCAGUGCACGACGGUCCUCAACGACGCCACCCUGCUCCUCCCCCACGAGGAGCUGUCCAUCACGCAAUGGGUCUUCUCGCAGAUCGGCUCGGUGCGUUAUCUACCCGCAGCCAUGAUGCCCGUAGCGGCCACGCUGGCCGCGACGCCGGCGAUCCUCUCGCUCGCGCUCGACGGCAUGCUGGACGGCGCGGUGGCUCAGGGUGUCGUGCGCGCGCAAGCGCGGGAGAUCGCGGCGCUGAAUCUGCUGGGGUUGGCGAAGUUGCUGCUUGAUGGGGGUGUGGGGACCGAGGAGUUGCGGGAGGCGACGAGCUCGCCUAGGGGGGUGACGAUUCAGGCGUUGUUGGAGCUGGAGAGGAGGGGCGCGAGGGCCGCGUUUGCGGAUGCGUUUAUCAAGGCGUCGGAGCAUGCGAGGGGGAUGGCGGCCGUGCAGGAUUAG